AUGUUCAAAAGAAUCAUGAAUUAAAGAUUUAAUUCUCACUCAGAUAUUUGCUAAUACUGUUAAAAUAAUGGUGUUACUUCUAAUGUUAGGAUUUUUGAACCUUAAAAGAAAAAAAUUAAUUUAUUAACUGAAGUCUGUGAUAAGCAAUCAAAUUAAUAAUUUUUACUUCAUUUAAGAGGUGGAGGAUGCGGAUAAGCUAAACCAAAAUAACAAAUUGAAGAAAAGCCAAUUAUUGGUUUGCCUAACGAUUUUUUGAUUAAGAUUGAAAAAUAUGUUAAUAUUAUCAAUACUAAAGCUUAACUUAUAACGGAUACUUCACAAAGAAAUGAAGUAAUAAUAGCCUUGUAAUGGUUUAUGCAUAAUAAAGAGCAUUUCAACACUUGUUGUGUUAACAACAAUUUAACAUUAUCAAUAUAUACAAAAAUAUUGAAUUCAUUUAAGGAUUUGCUAAAAAUUCUUCCUAUUUAUUUAAGAGCUUCAUGGUUUUUAUGCUAUUAAAUUCUAUAAAUAUGUAAUGAAUUUUUGAGAAUUGUAUAUUCUUACUAAAUUCAAAAUGAAGAUGGAUAAUUGGAUUUAGCAAUGCAAUAAUAAUUCUUAGAAGAUUUAGAAGAAUUUAAGGAAUAAUUUGAAAUUGAAUAAACAAAUGUGUGGAAUACAGGUAUAGAAUAUGAAAUAACUCUUAUUAAAAUUAUGUUAAUGAAUUGUAAGACAAAUUCACAAGAAGGAUAAAAUUUGUUAAUAGAUAUUGUAAAAAAUUUGGUAUAAUCGGCUUUAUAAUUAUCACCAACUGAAGACCUAAUCCCAAGUCUUAUUGAAGGAGCUAAAUUUUUAUUUUUAUAAUACAAAGAUAAAGUAUUAUAUCCUGAAGAGGUAUAUGCUACAUAUUAUUUAUUCCAAACUCUUAAAUGGUCUAUUGUGGCUCAAAUAAAAUAAUAGAAUUCAAUCAAUAAUUAAGUUAAAAAACUAAAAGAUGCAUUUUUAUAAUAUAUUAUAAAUUCAGAUAAUUGGAUUAUUCAUUAUAGCUGGAUAUCAAUGAUUGUUGAUUUAAUAGCAUAUAGACCAAUUAUUGAGAAAUUUUAAAUUCUUAAUGGUACUCCAAUAUAACAAUAAUCACUUUGGAACAAUUUAAUUGAAAAUAACGUAAUUGUUAGUCUUACAUAUAAUAGAAAUUAAGGAUCUAUUAUAUUAUUUCAAAAUCAAGGAAAAUAUUUUAGUAAAGAAAUAUAGAGUAUUAUUAAAUAAUAAGGUAUUCCUAAGUUUAAGUUACUAUCAGAAUCUCUUUUAAAAGGCUAGUUUACUCAAUAAAGUAAUAUUUGGGAUUUCUAUAAAAAUUUUUCUUUUAAGAAAAAGCAAUAAACAAUUAUAAGGGAUUAUGAAAUUAUUUUAGAAAAUAAUGAUUUAUUAUUAUUAGAGUAAUAAAUUGAAAAAUUUAAUGCUUAAUUAGAUGAAUUAGUUCUAUUGUAUUAAUAAAUCUAAGAAUCAUUUACUGAUUAUUUUGCUUAAUCCAAUAUUACAUAAUUCGAAAUUAAAUUAUUUAAAGAUGAUUACUCUGUUUUUGCAAAAUAAUUUUUAGAUGCUUAUAAAUAGGCAUUAUAUCGUCUCAAUUUUAUUAUAGAAAAAUCUACUAUUGAAUAUCAAAAAUUAAAAUUACUUUAUCCUUACUUUCAAAAUAAUGAAAAUUUAUAAACCAGUUUUAACAAUAUAUAGAAUUUGAUUAAUGUUAAAUUUUUAGCAUUAUAAAAAGAUUUUAUUUCAAAAUUUUUAAAAGUUAUAGAAUAUUUAAGUCAUCUAUCUGAAAUUAAUUUAAAUCCACAAUCUAAAAAUUUAACUGAUUUAGAGAAUGUAAAUAACAAAUUUUAAAUAUCAAAUCUUCAGAGUUCUUAUAAAAAUUUAGAAUAAUCAUCAAUAUAAUAAUAGAUCGAUUAUUCAAUACUUUAAUAGUUCAUAAUAAAUAUUAAGGAAUUUUAAAAAAAGUUUUCUUUCUCAAUGUCAAAUAUUACAACUAAUGAUAAUAUUAUUAAUAUUAGAUCUGAUACAAUAUAAGCUAUGUCAAAUACUAUUUGCUCAGGUAAAUGGAUCAAAAUAAUAAAGUAAUAACUUAGUAAUUGUUUUUCAGAUAGAUUUAUUUUAUGCCAAAAUGAUGUUAAAACAAUAUAAGAUAUUCAAAACAUCUACAUAAAUUGCAGUUUUAGCUUGUAAAUGUUGAAAUUAUUGAAAUAAUUCUAUUAAAUUCAUUAAUAUAAAAUUAAUACUUUUGAAAAAAAAAGUAAUUAGGAAAAGCUCUUAGCCAAUCAAGAAUAAGAAAAGUUUUAUCAAAAUUUAAAAUUAAUUAUAAUCAAGUAGUUAACAUAAUAAAAAGAUAAAAUCAGAUUAAUUGUAUAAUAAAAAGAUGUUGAUAAUGGUAGUAGUUUAAAUAAAGAAAAAACAAAAUAACUUCUUUAAUAAAUCAAGUCAGAUCAGAUGGUAAUGCAAAAUUAAUAUGACAAUUUUGUAAGCAAAGAAAUUUAAGCAAUAAAAUCUUAAGUCUUAAUAUUUAUGCAAGAAGCUAGUUUAUUUAUUGCUUUAUAAAAUUAAAAUGAACAUUAUGACCUUGAUGCUUUUAAUAGUUAGAUGGAAAAAUAUGAUAGUAAGAUAACUGAAAUUAAAGAUAAGUAAGGAGAAUUUUAUAAUAAUCAAACUUAAGAGAAUAAAAGAACGUUUAAAAAUUGGAUAAGAGAAAACAAACAUUUAAAUUUCUGUCAUUUUUGUGUAGAUUAAGAUAUGAAAGAAGUAAAAUAUACUAAUAAAUUUUUUAAAAUAUUAGAAUAGAUGUUAGUCUUAAUUAUAAAUUAAAUUUAACAGACUGAAAAUUAAGAAAUUUAAGAUCGUAUAGAUAACUUCAAUACAUAAAGAUAAUAAAUAGAAAGUAAAUUUAAAAUUUAAAACUAAAUUAUUAAAUUAAUCGAAAUUUUUAAAGGAAGUAAUUAACAUGAUGAUUGCAAAUGUAUCAUUUAGAUUGAAUAAGAAAAUGAUUUAUAAAAUGAAUAAUAAAUUGAAUAAAUUGAUUCAACUUUACAAGAAACUUUAGAUUUCUUUAUAUUAAAAUAAAAUAGUUUAGAAACAAUAACUUAAAAUUUAGACCCAGUAUACUUAAAUGUAAUGAAUAAUCUAUGCGAACAAGUAGUUAUUAAAAAAUCAAUAUUUGAUGUAUUUGAUUUUAACAAUGAUUAUAAGAUUAGAGAAUGCUUAGUUUAUAAUUUAAUAAAGCUAUAGUAAGGAAUUAAAGAAGAAUAAAUAGUUGAAUUUUCAUCAAAACUUAUUUAAUAUCUUUGGGUUUUUGAAAAAGAUUAAAGAGUAAGAAAUCUAUUAAAAAAUAAGGAAUUAAUUGAAAUGUAGAAACUUUUUUUUUCUUAAGAUAUCAAAACUAUGUCUGAAUCUAUUAAAUAAGAGAUGAGAUUUAGAAUUAAAAGUAUAGAAAAUAUUUCAUAAGAAUUAAGACUUGAGGGUAAUGCUUCAAUUAAAGAGCAACUUAAAUAAUAACUUAUAUUAGCUUAUGAAGAACUUGAAUAAUAUAAUGAUAAUAUUACUGAAAUGUCUGAAAAAAUGGAUAUAAGUUUAAUAUUUUUAAAAGAUAUAUCAAAAGAUGUAAAAUAAAUAAAAAAUUAAAUUGAUAAUUUAUAAGAAAGUUUAAAUUAAGUAGGUGAUGAUAUUCGUAAAUUAAGAGGAAAAAGAUAUGAUGAAUUAUUAGAAAUAAGAAAAUAAAAAAUAUUAUUAUAAUCUAAAUUAGCAGAAGUAGAUUCUGUUUAUGUUUAAUUAAAAACUAUAGAAUUUGAUCCUGUUAGUGGUUAAAGUAUAACAUCAAAAGAUGGUUCAAACAUAACUAAAUUAAUGAGUGAUUAAUGGGAUGAUUUUACAGGUGAAGUUAAUGAAUUUAUAUGGGAUGAAUCAAAAUCAAAUGAUGUAAUGUUACUUUCAGGAAAUGCUGGUUCUGGUAAAAGUAAAGCAGCAAGAAAAAUUGAAGAAUUUCUUUGGAAAUAAAAAGGUAUUCAAUCUAAAUGGAUUCCUAUCUUUGUAUCAUUACCAACUUUAAAAAAUCCUAAAUAUAAUUUAUUUGAAUAAGCUUUAGAAUCUGAAAAUUAUUAAUUUGAUAAAUAUUAACUUAGAGAAUUUAAAGAAGCUAUUUAAAAUAAAAAAGAAUUUAUUAUAUUAAUAUUAGAUAGUUAUGAUGAAAUGAAAUAAGAUUGUAUUUAAUAAAAUCUUAUUAUUACAAAUAAACUAAUUAAUGAUUUAAAUAUUGAUGACCGUUAAAAAUAAGUCAAGAUAAUAAUUACAACUAGAAGAGAAAUAUUAAACACUUUAGGAUAUUAAACUUGGUUUUAUGGAUAUAGUAUAAGAAGUUUAAAAGAAGUAUAAAUCUAAGAUUUCGAUAAAGAUUAAAAAAGUGAUUAUUUAAUUUAAUAUACUGAACUAAGUGUAAAGAGAAAAAUAAGAGUUGUUUAUGAUUUCUUGAAACAGAUUUCAUAAUUAAAUUUUAAUUUAGAUGAAUUUUUAGCUAUAUGGCAAUAAGUUAAUAUAUAAGUUUAACAAAGUAUCAAAAAUUCUCAUAAUACUUAAUUAGAAUAAAUUUUUGAAAAUUCUUAAAGGGAAGAAUUAAUCAAGAAAAUUUUAGAACAUUCUCCAUUUAAAUAAUUAAAGGUUGAAUAGAUUACAGGACUCAGAAAGGAUUUAUCAUCUUUGUGGAGUGUUUAUAAAUUUGAAAAGGCAAUAGAAAAUGUGGGUAUUUCUGACUUAUUGUCAACUCCUUUUAUGUUGGAAAUUAUUGUCUAAGUAUUACCUAGUAUGGCAAAACAAUAGUAAGGAUCUGGAGAUAUUAAAAAUAGAUUUGUUUAAAGCUAUCUUAGUUUAAUAAAUAAAUUUUGCUUAUCUAAAAAAUUAAUAGAAAAUUAUAAAAUUAAUUUAGAUUAAAAAGAAAAUAAAAAAGUAAUUUAACCAAUUCUUGAUAGUAAAAAAUCAAAAAUUAAGUAUGAUGAUUUUGUUGAUAAAUAUGAAUAAAAAACUAAAAGUGAUUAAAUAAUGGAUUUAUUGGAAAGUUUAAAGUUCUUUUCAACUUAUUCAAUAACUAGUAUUCUUAAAAUUGAUAACAAUAACUUAUUAGUUGAUAAUAAAUCUUUUACACUUUAUAAUCAAGAUAUAGAAUAUGUAGUUUAAGCUUUGAAGAUGAAAAAAUAUACUAUUUUUGAGUUCUAUGACAGUUUCAUUCAUUUUUAUCAUGAGUAAUAAAUUCAAAAAUUAAGAGAAACUGGUAAAAUUUCAAAUUGGGAAAGUUUUUAGGUAGAUAUUUUAUAAUUUUCAUAAAAUUUAGCAAUAGAUAUGACAAUUAAUUAAUUAUCUUAAAUUACAUAUUAAUAAAAAGGUAAAUUGAAAUUAACAAAUAAUUAUAAUAAAUAUUAAGAUGAUAAUGUUUGGCUUGAUGAUUAUUUUAAUGAUUCAUAAUAGGAACUUGAUUAUAAUAAAUUAAUAAGAAGUUGUAUUCUAUUAAAUGCUAAAGGAAGUAACUAUUCAUUUACUCACAAAUCUAUUUAAGAAUUUUAUGUUGCUAAAUAUAUUUUAGAUUUAUUGCUUUAAUCAACCAUUUAAAUUUUGAAUGAAAAAAAUUAAGAAUAAAAACAUACCAAUAGAUUAAUGGAAUCAUUAUAUAACUAAUCUAAAUUAAAUAUAUCAAAAGAUCAUUAUAAAGNUUAAUCUAAAUUGAAUAUAUCAAAAGAUCAUUAUAAAGGUGUGUUAAUAUUUAUUAAAGACAAAUUAAAUAGUCUAGAAAACAUAAAAGAAAAUCUUAUUAAUAUAGUUUAACUAUCAAGUGAUGAUAAGUUCAUAAAUGCUGCUUCAAAUAGUAUUUUUUUAUUAUCUUAAUUGGAUGCUUAUUUAGGAUUUGAAGAUUUUUAAGGAAUUUAAUUAGUUGAUACAAAUAUUUCAGGUUUAAGUUUUUGUCAUUCAGAUUUAAGAAAUUCUAAAUUUACAAAAGUUAAUAUAAAUUCUUGUAAUUUUAAUUAUGCUGAUUUAACAGAUUGUUUAUGGGAAGUAUAAUGUAAAGAAAAACCAUUUUUAUAAAAAGAUAAAGAAAUAAAUUUAGUUGAAUUCUCUUCAAAUGGUAAAUUUAUUGCAUCAAAUGGAUAAGACAAUUUAGUAAUACUUUGGGAUUUUGAAAAUUAUAAAGAACUAGUAGCAUUGGAUGGUCAUUAAGAUGAAAUAUUAUCAGUUGCCUUUUCUUAUGAUUGUAAAACUUUAGCUUCAUCAAGUAAAGAUAAAACUAUAAAGUUAUGGGAUAUUUAAGAUCCAUAAUAAAAAUAAUUAAUAGUUUCUUUAAAUUAUCAUGACAAUCCAGUUACAGGAGUUAAAUUUGCUUUAGAUGGAAAAAAAAUAGUUUCAGCUGAUAAUGCAGGAAUGUUGAUGCAUUGCAGUUCUGAAGUUAUCUCAGAAAAACCAGAUGAUAUUAUAUUUUAGUAUUAAGAAGAAAUCUUGGUUUGCGUAUCAACUUAGGAUGAUAAAUUUCUUGCCUUAGCAUUAGAUGACUCCAGUAUUAAAUUAGUUGAGGUAGAAACUAAGAAAGAAAGAGUUUUAAUAGGUCAUACUGGAAAAAUUGUAGCAUUAGCUUUCAGUAAGAGUGGAAAUAGAUUAGUAUCUGCAUGUAACAACUUAUUAUUAUCAUGGGAUUUAAAAGAUGAUUGUAAAUGCUAAGUAUUGUCUUUUUAAGAAUAUUAAAUCGAAUAUAUAACCAUACCAAAUGAAAAAAAAUUAGUUAUUGCAGCAGAAACCUUUUUGGCUUAUGGAGAAUUUUAGUAUGAUAAUUCUGCUGAUUUUAAUAUUAUAGAAUAAUCCUUUCCUGUUUAGUUAUUUCCUAAUUCUAAUUUUGCUUUUGUAGUUUAAGAUUAGAUAAUUCAUAUAUAUGAUCUGAGUACUUAAGUAAUUAUUAAUAGUAUCAUUUUUGAUAAAGAAAUUAAUAAAAUUUAACUUGAUAGUAAUGAAUAAAUUUUAACAUUAAGAUUUCCGCACUAUUAUCAAUAAGAUGUGAUUAUGGAUAUGAAUACAGUUUAAGAAGUUAUCAUUUCUGAANAAAGAAAAUCUUAUUAAUAUAGUUUAACUAUCAAGUGAUGAUAAGUUCAUAAAUGCUGCUUCAAAUAGUAUUUUUUUAUUAUCUUAAUUGGAUGCUUAUUUAGGAUUUGAAGAUUUUUAAGGAAUUUAAUUAGUUGAUACAAAUAUUUCAGGUUUAAGUUUUUGUCAUUCAGAUUUAAGAAAUUCUAAAUUUACAAAAGUUAAUAUAAAUUCUUGUAAUUUUAAUUAUGCUGAUUUAACAGAUUGUUUAUGGGAAGUAUAAUGUAAAGAAAAACCAUUUUUAUAAAAAGAUAAAGAAAUAAAUUUAGUUGAAUUCUCUUCAAAUGGUAAAUUUAUUGCAUCAAAUGGAUAAGACAAUUUAGUAAUACUUUGGGAUUUUGAAAAUUAUAAAGAACUAGUAGCAUUGGAUGGUCAUUAAGAUGAAAUAUUAUCAGUUGCCUUUUCUUAUGAUUGUAAAACUUUAGCUUCAUCAAGUAAAGAUAAAACUAUAAAGUUAUGGGAUAUUUAAGAUCCAUAAUAAAAAUAAUUAAUAGUUUCUUUAAAUUAUCAUGACAAUCCAGUUACAGGAGUUAAAUUUGCUUUAGAUGGAAAAAAAAUAGUUUCAGCUGAUAAUGCAGGAAUGUUGAUGCAUUGCAGUUCUGAAGUUAUCUCAGAAAAACCAGAUGAUAUUAUAUUUUAGUAUUAAGAAGAAAUCUUGGUUUGCGUAUCAACUUAGGAUGAUAAAUUUCUUGCCUUAGCAUUAGAUGACUCCAGUAUUAAAUUAGUUGAGGUAGAAACUAAGAAAGAAAGAGUUUUAAUAGGUCAUACUGGAAAAAUUGUAGCAUUAGCUUUCAGUAAGAGUGGAAAUAGAUUAGUAUCUGCAUGUAACAACUUAUUAUUAUCAUGGGAUUUAAAAGAUGAUUGUAAAUGCUAAGUAUUGUCUUUUUAAGAAUAUUAAAUCGAAUAUAUAACCAUACCAAAUGAAAAAAAAUUAGUUAUUGCAGCAGAAACCUUUUUGGCUUAUGGAGAAUUUUAGUAUGAUAAUUCUGCUGAUUUUAAUAUUAUAGAAUAAUCCUUUCCUGUUUAGUUAUUUCCUAAUUCUAAUUUUGCUUUUGUAGUUUAAGAUUAGAUAAUUCAUAUAUAUGAUCUGAAUACUUAAGUAAUUAUUAAUAGUAUCACUUUUGAUAUAUAAAUUAAUAAAAUUUAACUCGACAGUAAUGAAUAAAUGUUAACAAUUAAAUCAUAAAGGAGUUGGUACUAUAAUGAAUAAUAAAUAAUUUUGGAUAUGAAUACAGUUUAAGAAGUUAUCAUUUCUGAAUCAGAAAAAUAAAAUAUAAUUUAUUAUGAGGAUCUAGCAUUUUAAUCAAAUUACAAUGAAAUUAUAAUCUACGAUGAUAAAAAAUAAAAUUUGGGUGAAUCCUACGAUAUUGAUUGUGAAUUCAAUAAAUCUAUUCGAUGUUUUUCAUUCUCAACUAAUUAUUAAGUAUUUGCUUGGUAUUAUAAUUAUUAUUAUUAAGAAGAAUUAAUUUUUUAUGAUUUUAAAGAAAAAUAAAAGAUAGAUAAUAUUGAAAAUAAAGGAAGAGUUAAGAAAAUAGCCUCUUCCCCAUGCAAACCUAUACUAUCUGUAAUUUAUGAAGAUGGAAACUUAUAUUUUUGGAAUAUUAGUAAAUCUCCUUUUGAAUGUUAAAAGUUUAAUUAGGUUGAUGAGAGUGUUUAGAUUGAUUAAAUUGCAUAUUCACCUGAUGGUUCAUUAUUAAUUAUUUACACCAAGGAUGAUAUGCUCAGAAUUUUCGAUGAGAUUAAAGGAUCAGAAAGAAAGAAUAAAAAAUUAGAAUUUUCCAUUUAUGGAGAUAUUUUAGUUUCAAAUGAUAAUGAGACUUUGGCUUUGAUACGAUCUUACUAUAAUCGUGAUAUCAUUCUAUGGAACUUUAUUUAGGAUAAGGAAAUAUUAAAAGUUGAAAAUUAAUCUAAUUAUCCUAUUAUUUAAUUCUGUCCAGAUGGAAUAUCUUUUGUACAUUUAGAAGAUAAAAAUGUAAGAUUUUGGAAUAAAAAUACAGGAGAAUUUAUUCUUAUUUAUUAACUUCCUAAAGAUUCAUAUUAUGAUUGUAUUAAUUUCUUUAAGGAUGGAAAGUAGUUUGUGACUGCUGGAACAUAUAUUAGAAUUUGGAAAUAUUCUGAAAAUAAAAUAGAAAUGAUUAGUGCUUAUAAACCUGAUUAUAGAGUUACAGAAUUAUUAUUAACUGAUAAUGACUAAAAUCUAGUAUGUAUUGUGGAUGGACAUAUAAAAAUUAUCCCUCUGUAGAUAUGCAAUUUAAAAUACAUAAUCCCUACUUCAAAUAGAAUUGCCAAAUUUUUAACAAAUGGAUAUCUAGUUACCAAUGAUAAUUAUAGCGUUGAAGUUUAUGAUUGGAAAAAUGCUUAAUCAAUAAUUAUAUUGGAAACUAAUAUUGAUGACGUAUAUUUCUUUUAAGAUAAUUAAUAUUGCCUAUUUAUUAAAAAUUAAAGAAUUACGAAAUUAAGAAUUGAUCCGAAGGAUGAAAUAUUUAAUUUAAAUCUUUGUGAAUAGAUUUAGAGUAUAAAACUCAUAAAAAAUGAAUAGAUUCUAAUUAUCGAAUGUAAAAAUACAUUAAAAUUAUUAAAUCUGGAAGAUUCUUCCAAUAUCUAUGAAAUUCAAACUUAUGUAAAUAAUAAUUUAGAUUAUUUCCAUUGGUCAAUUAAUAAUGAUUAUAUUUGUUACAGACCUAAUGCUAAUUUUGUAAUUAGAGAAAUAAAAACAAAAUAAAAAAAUAAAUUUAUAUCUCUAGAAAAUAAAGUGCUUCAAAUAAAUUCCUUUGAUUCUGAAGAUCAAAUAUUAUUAAAAGAUGAAAGUGGCCAAGGUAUCCUAAAUCUUGUUUCUUAACAGUUUAAUUUAUUUGAAAAAUAAUUUAAAUAAUCAACGAAUUCUUAAAAUGAAUAAAAUAUUUUUUGUGAAGGCAUAGAUUGCCAUGCACAAUUAUAUGAAGUUGCUCAUGAUACAUACUUGAUUACUUUUGAUGGUAAUCAGAUAUUGCCAUAAUAAUUUAAAAAAAAUGGUUAAUUUUUAUAUACUUAUUUAAAUAACAAUUAAGUAACUAUAUUGUCUAUUGAUGAAUAAAAAUAACUAAAAAUUUAAUGUUCCUUAUAGUUUGAAUCAGAAGUUAAGAAGUUUUCAGUAACUCCUUCUUUCGAUUAUAUAGCUGUCUUAUAUUAAAAUUAAGUAAAAUUAAUAAAUUUAGGUUGGUUGUUAUAAGUCUAAAUGGUAAGUAUUUAUGAAAAGAAGGAUGAUGUUAAAGAUAUAAGUUCUUUUAUAAUAUCUUAAGAUAAUACAAAAAUUAUUACAGGAUCUAAAGCUAUUAGGGUCUAUAGAUUGGAUUUAAAAAAAGAGAAAGAUUAUUACAAAAAUUUGUACAAGUAAAUAAAUUGUGUUGUUGAAAUUGAUUAAAACACUUUUUGUAUUGGUGAAGACAACAAUAUAUAACUGGUGAGAAUUGAUAUUUACUAAAAUAACAUUAUUUUAGGAGAACAUGAAAAAGCUAUUACAUGUUUGAGUUACUGUUAAAGAACAUAAUUAUUAGCAUCAGGUAGUAAAGAUUAAAAGAUAUUUUUGUGGAAUGUGGAUGCUAGAAAGAAAAUAGCAGUUUUUGAAGGUCAUACAUGGUGUGUUAAUAAAUUAUCUUUUUCACCUGAUGGAAAAUGUUUGGCUUCUGCAAGUGAUGACAAAUAAAUUAAAUUAUGGAAUAUUGAAUUAAGUGAAUAAUCAAAAAUAUCAAAAGGACAUCAACAAUGUGUAAAAUAAGUUGCUUUCUCAAAAGAUGGUCUUAUUCUAGCAUCAUGUAGUUAUGAUUUAUCAAUUACUUUAUGGGAUUUAAUAGACAAAACCUUUAUUAUUAUGUUAUAAGAACAUACUUCAUGUAUAAAUUGUUUAGAGUUCUCUUUUUGUUCUAAAUGGUUAGCAUCAGGAAGUUAGGAUGGAGUUUGUUUAUGGGAUGUUAAAUUUCCACAUGAGACUACUUUAUUCUUUAAAAUAGAAGAGAUGUAUUUAAAUACUGAUCAAUUAUUUUUUACUCCAUCAGGGUGUUUUGCUACUAUUUCUAAUGAUAAAGGUGAAUAAUAUAAAAAAAAAUAUUAAAAAGAAAUAUUAAAUGUUACUAAAAUUUAAAUUUGGAGUUUAAAUAAAAUUGUUAAAGAAGAAAAAAAAUUCUAAAUAUAGAGAAAUUGGAAUGAUCUUAUUUUUAUAUCAGAUGAUGAUCUUGUAUUUUAAGGUUAUUAGAAAACAGUUAAAGUCUAUGAUUUAUCAACAAAAACUAGUCAAGAUCUUGAAGAACAUAAAAAUUAAGUGAAAAUGAUUAAAUCUUGGGAUUAUGGUCAGAAAUUAUUAUCAGUAGAUGAUUAGAAUAUUAUGUUUUAUUGGGAAAAAAUAAACAAAACUUGGAAGAAGUAAUCAACAAUUUAAUUAGAACCAUAUAUUACUUAAAUUGAUAUAAUUAGAUAUGAUUAUCAAGAUUUCAUAGUAACAAAGAAUGAAAAAUCAAUAAUUAUAUCAGAUCUUAAUUAAUUAAAAUAGUAAAAGCCAUUUAUUGAUUUAAAUAUUAAAAGUUCAAUUAAAAAUGUUUAUUUAUCAACUAGCUAAAAUUUCUUUAUAAUUUUAAAUUAUGAUGAUGAAAUAAUACUAAUAGAUAGUGUUUCUGGACAAAGUAAAAAUACAUUUAUUAAUUGUUACAAUACACGAUAAGUUAAAGUAUCUUAUGAUGAUAGAUUUAUAGCUAUUAGUGAUUAUUCUUAAAUUAAUAUCUAUGAAAUCUCUGAAAAGUAAGAGUAAGUGAUAAUAGAUUAAGAAGGAAGUGUUCAGAUUUUAGAUUUUAGCUGGGAUGAUUCAAAUAUAUUAUAUAUAGCAUCAGAAAAAAAAAUAAUUAAAAAGUGUAACAUUAAAAAUAGAUCUUAAGAAAUAAUUCUCGAAUUAGAGGAUUCUUAUUAUUAUGAUAUCUAUUUAUAGAUUUCUAGACUAUGCAAUUAUUUAAUUUAUAAGGAUUAUUAUAAGCCUUUUACUGUAAUAAAUUUAAGUAAUAAAUAAGAGUAUUAACCUUCAAUAGAAGGUAAUUAAGAACUUGCAACCUUUUCUUAUAAUGAAAAUUUAGUUGCUAUAUCCACUUCAGAUUAUAAAAUCUAUUUAUGGAAUUAUGAAAAAUAAAUUAUUACAGAAAACAAAUUGAUUUAUAAACAAACAACUCAAAAUUUAACUUUUACAGAUAAUGACAAUGAGUUGAUUUGUUGUUUAGAAAGAUCAAUUUGUUUAUUUGAGAUUUAAGAAGAUCUUUAAUUAAUAUUAAAAUAUAUUUGGGAGAUAGAGUCAGGUCGUUUUUGUACUUAUUGUCCUAAGCUUAAAUCAAUUUUUAAAUCUUAUGAUUCUACAAUCGCAUAGAUUUAUAUUGUGAAUUAUGCAUAAACUAAAAUAUUAAUUGAUGAAGAGCAUAAUCCCAUUAAUUUUCACUCCACUUACUAUGGAGAUUAUAUAGCAUCAAUAAGUUAAUAAAGUUUAAUCAUAUGGGACUUUAAAAACGAUAAGUAAAUAUUAAAUACUACUUAAUGGUGUGGUAAAUAAGUUAUGCUCAUAGAAUUAAAGACAGUAAUAAUUGGAGGGGAUAAAGAAAUCAAGAUUUUAGAUAUUUCAAAAUUAGACAAUAUUUAAGAAAUUUAAACAAUUACUUUUGAGUAAUAUAUCACAAGUCUUUCAUUUUCUUUAAAAUAGUAAUUUUUUGUUUGUUCAUUUGACUAUAAAAUAAAAGUAUGGAGAAUUUUAAAUGAUGGAUAGUCUUAUUAAGUAGCUAUAUAUGAUACAUAAUAUUCUGGAUAAACGAAUCCUAUUAUUUCAGCUUCUGGUGAUAUUUUAAUUUACUAUGAAGAAUAUCAUUUUAAUGUAAUUAGGAUUAAGCAAUUAAAUACUAUAGAAUUAAUCUUUAAAACAGUGAAUGGUCUUUAAUAUUCCUCAGAUUAUUAAUAUUUGAUAACAUUAAUAGAUGGAUGUCCAUAAUUAUUUACUUCAAAUUUAGAACUAGUAGAAAAUUAAUUAGAAAGCUCAUUAUAAGAAAUAAAAGGAGAUUUAAUAAAAUCAACUUCUGUAGAUUCGAUAUUUGCAAUUGCAGAUGAUUAUUGCAUAUGGUUAGUUUAAAUUGUUAAUAAAAAUAAAUUAACAUUGAUUAGGAAGAUUAUGUUAGAAGUAAAAGAUGAUAUUAUUGUUUCUUUUGGUAUUAACCCUUUAGGAACUUGGUUAAUUGUUGGCAACAAAUUUGGAUCAAUUUACUUCUGGGAUUUAACUAAUUCUAACACUAUGGAUAACCCUAAACCAAACUAAAUUAUAGAAAAUUAAAAUGAUUAAAUUUUCUAUUUAGCAUUCAGCCCAAAUGGAACUGAUUUUUCAGCAGCAGUUUUUGAUGGAUCUAUAAAUUUAUAUUCAGUGGAAUAAAUAAAAAAUGUUUAAAAUAUCAAAUAGAAUGAUGAUAAUUAAGAAUAGAAUUAAAUAUAAGUAAUAGAAAAUUUGAAUGAAGAAUUCAAAUUAAUUUGUUAUAAAUCAUUUUCCAGAUAAUCUUUAUUAUUGGCCAAUAAAUGCAAAAUAAAAAAUUCUUAAAUCAAAUAAAAUGAAAAAUCAAUUCUGUAAUUAUUCAAAUAAAAAGGAGCAGAUGAAUGA